CUUGCGGUGAAUCCGAAUAUCAUUGGAGAUACGGGGGAUCCCUGUGUAGCAAUGGCUGCCGAGUCCGGUACUGACAUCGAUCCAGAAUGCUUAGCUGAUUUCAAGCCGUUUCCUCAUUGGUGGCUCGUUUUCUCAUGGGUGUGGUGGCACGUCUCCCCUUCCUGCUGAUGCCCGGUAUGGGAAUGAACUCGUACUUCGCAUACCAGGUGGUUGGCUAUAUGGAAAGUGGGGCUGUACCAUACGAAACAGCUCUUACUGCCGUAUUUGUUGAAGGGUUGAUUUUCUUGUUUUUAGCCCGCAGUGGAUUGCGACAGUACAUCGCGGAGCCUAUCCCUAGACCCGUUCGGCUAGCGACCAGUGCUGGAAUUGGCUUUUUCUUGUCUUUCAUUGGAUAUCAGACCUCCAAUGGUAUUGGACUUGUCACCGCCAAUGCCUCACACUUGUCACACUGGGUGGGUGCGCACCGGAGAACCGUUCUAGCGACUAUCCAGUCACUUGUGACACCCAGAUGGACUCUCCCUACUGGGGACACUCCUGCCGGUGAUGCGAAGUGGGACUACUUCUCGCAAGUAGUAGACUUCCACAGUAUAUCCAUGUCGGCACUUGCCUUGGACUUCAGUUUUGGCAAUCCGGAGAUGUGGCUGGCAUUAGUAACAUUCCUUUACGUAGAUUUACUAGAUACGACAGGUACGUUAUAUUCACUGUGCAAGUUUGCAGGAUUCAUCGACGAAUCUGAAUCCGCUGACUUCGAGAGCAGUUACGCAGCAUUCAGCGUUGAUGCAAUUGCAGCCAUACUUGGAUCACUACUAGGCAUGUCUCCUGUCACCACAGCCAGCGAGAAUGGUGCGGGUGUUAUUGGAGGCGGUCGUACUGGAAUCACUGCUUUAGUCGGUGUGGUAUGCUUCAGUAUUGCAUGUUUCUUCGCCCCGAUCAUCGUGAACAUUCCCGUGUGGGCAAUUGGUCCUGCACUGAUCAUGGUAGGUGUUAUGAUGGCUCGCGCCUUGGUAGACAUUGACUGGGAAGAUCCCAUGGAGGCUAUCCCCGCCUUUGUCACGACCACUGUGAUGCCUUUCACCUACUCCAUUGCUUAUGGUCUGAUUGCUGGUUGUCAGGUCUACGUUAUGCUGUAUUUAGUGAACGUCGCUUGGGAUUGGUCUUUGUGGCUACUCUAUAAGUUUGUGAACAAGACAUUCAAGGCCGACUGAGAGAUGCCUAAGAGGGGUCAGACUCCAAUUCCUUACACGGCUAAGAAUAAACUGCCGCACUCUUUCAAGAGUUGGAACAAGAAGCAACAUCUCAGGAACAAGGCAGGUGUAGAAUCCAUGGACCAAAUGUUUGCACCUCCAAGCAGCACGAAGAUAGGCAGUGCGCCUGUAGACGUGAAGGUUGAGGACACAGUGCUCACCCUUUAACGUUACAUUGGAUAUCAGUACAAUCAAUCACAACUUUAACAUUGGAUAUCAGUAAAAUCAAUCACAACUUUAGUUAUUUAGCAACAUCCCCGCUGCAAACACAGCGUUUCCAUGGAACCAGCAUAAAGUAAGAAAAUAAACACAAAAACGGC